AUGACUAUGGAGAAAAAGGUCUCUACAUCUCCCUUCUUUGUUUUAUUUUCCUAUCUUUUUUCUCAAUCAGACACUAAUUCUAGGUCACUCCAAUCAAGUAUCGCUCUCGUUUAUCCAUCUCGUUUGAGGGGAAAGAGCGGUGACGAAGGCGGUGGUUUUGUUAUUCGGACUAGGUGGAAGAUCCGGAAUGGUCUGAUUGGAGUUGUUGCGACGGCCGGACCAAGUCAGUGUGAGCAUGUAAGUAGCCUUAACGCGUUGCUUGAGAAGCGUGAUGCUAAACAAGCAGCAUCACUUUUACUACGCUACUGCUGA